GAAGUUUGAUGCUGACUUUCAGAAUGAAUUAGUCACCAAUUUUAAAUUUCAUAACCAUGUUUUUCAUACCUGGUUUCUAUUAAUUAUCAAAUUUUACCAAUUUGAUGUACUUUUCCCCUACUAGGUCUCUCAUGUGACCAGUGCCACUUUCCCCCCACCCAUUGAUCCACCCACUGGAUCCAGUCUGAAUAUAUUUCCUGUUCUUCCACACCACUCUGCUGUCUAUCCAGCCUCUGGAAAGAUGUCUGCGACUGUGAGCAAAGCCGAUGGAGUCACGAUCCUCACGGAGGUUUCUGACCCAAAUGAUCGCUUGCCUCCUCUGCAUCAGGUCCCGAAGGCCCUUUGCCACAGGCUGGAGGGCUGUUUGGUGCCCCCACACCUGAAGCGGGUCCAGAGAGACUCCCUGUUGGUACUUGGGACUUUGCACAUCAUGAUUGGGCUCCUCAGUUUUAGCCUGGGAAUCAUCCUCCAUUUCAGUGAAUCCUGCUUUGUGCUAAUAGACGUCACCUGGUUUCCUUAUUGGUCGGGAACUCUGUUUGCCAUAUUUGGCAUCAUUUGCAUUCUGUGUGAGAAGAAGCCAUGUCUGUGUCUGAUUCUUCCCAAUAUGUUUCUGAACUUUGUUGGGAUCUUUGGAGCCGUUGGAGCCAUUUUCUUCUACAGCAUCAAUAUGUUUGGUCCUCACAGUGUCUGUGGAAGACUUUAUGAUUCAUUUGGCCAUUAUGAUUCAUUUGGCCAUUAUGAUUCAUUUGGUUAUAAUAGUUCAUUUGGCCAUUAUGAUUCAUUUGGCCAUUAUGAUGAAUGCUCAAUCACGAUUCUUUCCGUAGGCGUCAACAGCGUGUUGAUCGGCCUGUCGGCCCUGGAGCUCUGCGUCGCCAUCAGCGCUCUCGUUUCGGCAAUAAAAGCCCUGACAAGCUUCACAAGAAACGAAAACCUGAGCUCCAGUGAACCAGAACAGACGACCAAUCCAGGAAUCACAGAAGAUCCCUAUGACAUUUACAUCAUUUCUAAGUGAUCGGAGGGGAAAUGCAUGAUGUUCUGCACCAAUUGGUUCCCAUUGUUGUUAUCUCAGCUAUAAAUACUAAUAAUGUGUGAAAUCAGAGAGAAUCCAACUCUGUUUCCUCUUGAAUUGUCAUCAGCUGAUGGAAAAUGCUGAGAAAAGUGAGGCUCUGAUCAGAAAGUCGGGCGAUAAACUGCUGACAUUAAAUCUCUGGGUUGUUUUUCAUGAAGUUGAUCUUCCUCUUUCACAUCAGGAGUUCAGUUUCCGGCCAACCGAGCCAGAGGAAGUUCUGGUCAGGAGUUUUCAUCUGUUUUCUUUUCAAAAUGAAAACAUGAGCUAAACUAAGACGAAUCUGAUCUUUUGAAACGUUAUUUAACGUGCAAAGCAGAAAUGUACAAGAAUUUUUUAUUUCAAUUUUGUGAUACAAACUGAGUUCAUGUUUGUUGUGAAUUUCAGAAAAAAAAGACCCUGAAUUUUGGUUUGUAAUAUUUUUAAUUGCAUGCAACUUAUUUAAUAAUUUCUUGUUGUGAGUUUUAGCUGCUUUAUGUCAGAAACUAUGAUUUUGGAGUCACUUUUUAAAUAUGCAUGUGACCAGUUUAUAGUAAGCUAACAGUAAUGUGGGAGGAAUCCAGAGAGCCCAGAAAGAAUCCACAGAUGGACUGAGAAACACGCAAAACAUCUUCAUACAAUAUCUCACACAUGUCAAAGGCCCGGGGGCCACAUCUGGCCCCACGUAGCUUUUCAUGUGGCGUCUAGGCUCCAAAUUACAUCAAUAAGUCCCUCCAGUUUUUCACAAAUCUGCAAAAUUCACACAAAAUCUAUAAAUCUCCACAUUUUUUUCUGAUUUUACUGCAAAUUUCUCAACUUGGUCAAAAACAUUGAGUUUAAGUGACUCAGUUUGACUUGAUGUGAAGCUAUCGUCCACGAUCGACACGGCGAGUAAUAAACAGUCACAUUUAACAUCAUAUAUUAGUGCAAAUAUCGUACAAAUUUCUUACAUUUCCAAAUUGGCACAACAAAAUCUAUCAUUUUGAUUGCAAAAAAACAAUCACAGAAUCUUGGAGGAACAGAUGUUUAUUGAUAUUUUAUCAGUUUAAUUGGUUUUAUCGAUAUAUUCUGGCACAACCGUCCCUUUAAGAACAUUUAGGUUUUUGAUGUGGCUAAAAAAAAAGAUGAGUUUGACGUCCCUGCAAUAUCUAUUAUGCUUUUGAAUAAGUUUUAGCACCAAUUAUUCCUGUGAGCUCAGCUGCUGUUAAAUUUACCAUUUUAAAUGUCUUGUUUUAUUUGUUUAAUCUUAGGGUUAUAUUUGACAUAUAAGAUCGUAAAAUACAUAUCAGAGCUACUUUAACAUCUCAGCUGGAUAAAAAUUCUCAAUCUCUUCCACAGCCUGGUUUUCUAGGUUCACAAAACAUCUGUGACUUGGAGAAAUAAGCUGUAAUUUCAGAGAAACAAAGACAGUAAAAAGCUGUGAUAUGACUGAUUUUGCUAAGAGAUUUAAUGGUUGUUUGAGAUUUAAAUCGUCAAAGUCUGGAUGUUUUUCUCCAUCUCUGUCUUUUGGAUGCUUUUCUAUUGUAAAAUAUACAUUCCUGCUUUAUACACACUUGUUUUAAGUCUAUGAAGAAAUAAAGGCACCAAACCUUAA